UCCGUGCGGAUUCAUGUACAGCCGGUGAAAAAGAAAGGAGGAAUAUUUUUAUCGUCGUUGCAAAGUGUCUAUUCUGCGUGGAGGACUUUUAGUUUAAAGUUAUUGCUUUGAGAAGUUUGUUCUGGUUCAGGUUUGUGGGAAAACAAAGGUUUAUUUCGACUACUGCAGAGGUUUCUAAGCCAACAUGGUUCACCUGUCUCAAGGUGUGUGUGGUUGAAGACGGGACAGAGUGCGGCAGAGAGGCAUUUUGAUGAACGACCGGUCAGCCAGGUCAUGCUUAUGGACCAAGACACUCAGUGGCUCUACCAACUCCUGGCAGAGGUCCAGUUGGAGAAGUUCUACCCACGCCUCAAAGAUGGCCUCAACAUCACUCGCAUCGACCACUUUAAUUACGUCAAGGAUGGCGACCUGGAGCAGAUAGGAAUCAGUAAGCCAGCACAAAGAAGGCUAUGGGAAGCUUUAAAACGCUACAAGUCCAGUGCGCGCUCGCGGAGCAAGGGGUCGAGCAAUCGAAGUGCAGAUGUAGGGGAGCAUUGGGGCGGAGGCGUCACCAAUCUGGGGCUGGAGGCGGGCGCCCGGGCGCUUCCCAGCCUAAUUCAAGACAGCGAGCUGGUUCUCGGAGAGAAAUUAGGAUCUGGGUCCUUCGGGGUGGUGAGGAAGGGAGAGUGGCACACGCCCACCGGCAGAGUGUUGCCGGUGGCAGUGAAGUCGCUAAAGAGCGAUAUGUCGCAGCAGUCGGACACGCUGACGGACUUCCUCCAAGAAGUCACCGUCAUGCAGUCCUUAGACCACAUCAACAUCAUACGCCUCUACGGCGUGGUGCUCACUCAGCCGCUGAAGAUGGUGACAGAGCUGGCCCCCGGGGGCUCGCUGUACGACAUCCUCCGUUCACGACAGUAUGACUACCCUCUGCUGCGCCUCUGGCUCUUCGCCACUCAGAUUGCAGCCGGGAUGGAGUACCUGGAGAGCCGCAGGUUCAUCCACAGGGACCUGGCAGCGAGAAACGUGCUGCUGGCGGCGAAGGAGUUGGUGAAGAUCGGCGACUUUGGUCUGAUGCGAGGCCUGAACCAGGAGAAAGACCAUUAUGUCAUGUCCGCCCACAGGAGGAUCCCGUUUGCAUGGUGUGCCCCUGAAAGUUUGCGUGUUGGCUCCUUCUCGCACGCCUCGGACGUGUGGAUGUAUGGCGUGACCCUAUGGGAGAUGUUUACCUUCUGCGAGGAACCAUGGUUUGGGCUGUCAGGCCGGCAGAUUCUGUGGCAUGUUGAGCGAGAAGGCGAGAGACUCGAGAAACCCCCCGACUGUCCUCAAGAACUCUAUGUCAUCAUGAAGAAGUGCUGGGCCUUGAGUCCUGCAGACAGACCCAGCUUUGCCCAGCUCACCACAAUCGUGACAGAGGCAAAACCCAUGGAGGUCCAUGUAACAAGAGACUUUGUCGAGCCUAGGAAACUUCAACUGACAGCCAACGAUGUUGUGACGGUCCUGGAACACAGUAAGGAGCUGACUGAGUGGCGCGGCCAGAACCAAAAAACACUGGCUGUCGGCUUGUUUCCCGCCAUUCUUGCCGUCCCCACGUCCAGCAACACGCCCCCCAUCCAGGCUGUGACCCCCGCCUUCAUCAUCUCCCCCCCAGUGAAAGGCUCCCUGCAACACACAGGACACGGAGACAUCCAGCCGGAGAACAGCUGGGGGUCGCCUGCAAGGCUGGAAGACGGCGGCUGGAGGCCAGGACCUGCCAGGGAGCGGGAGCCAUCCAAUCUACGGAAAAUGGCAGGUAUGUCUCGAAGCUUGGAGUCGGUGCUGAGUGGGCCUCCGCCUCGGGGCCAGACGUCUGGGGUGCUCCGAGUGGAUCAACACGGCAGGCUCCCACCUCAAGUUAUGAUGGCUCACAGCGUUAUGAUGCCGCCAGAUAUCCGCCGCAUGAGCGAGGCCAGCAUCAACCCUCCUCCUCGUCCGCCCCUCCCCAACUUAAAACACUUGCAUAUCAGAGGCCUGAAGAAACCCCCAGCGUACCCCGCAUCUGCCGCCUCAUGGGGGACGCAGUUCGCGGCUCAGAAACCAGCCCAGACUCAGCUGCAGACUCAGCUGCAGCCUCCGCAGGGAGCCGCCACCGGUUCCAAUUUGGUGAAAAUGGCGCAACUGAACCGCUCCACGCCUCAGCUGGACGAGGAGCCCCGAGAGAGGGAUCGGACGAGAGAGCGGGAAAAACUGCAGUCUCAGAGGGAUGCUCUGGUGGCGCAGGUGAUGGAGGCGGUGCACGGCGUGACCAUCGAAGAGGUUCAGAGCGCACUCCAGCGUAAUGACGGGAACCCGGUCCGAGCCGAGCAACAACUCAAGCUGGAGCAGCUGUACUCUCUGUGCCUCUGCUCCAAAGAGGACUGCUAUAAGAUCCUCACCCGGUACCAGUGGAACCUGCAGCUGGCCAGCCGCUACUUGUUCCGGUGGUCCAGAGAUGACAGAGCCGCUGCCAGUGAGAGGGAGCGACCGCAGAUCAGCGCAGAAAGACGCGUCUGAACUUUUAGUUUUAUAGGACCUUGACUUUCGGAUUCAGCUACGCGCCAACACAUCAUCUACGUUGAUGUAAAAACAGUCUAUUACAAGAAAUGAAGGAAUGUUUAAACUAUGAAAAGCUUUUUAAUGAAUAAAUGUUAAGGUACUUGUUGUUAUUUUAUAAAUUCAUAGUGCUUUUGUUCAGCACUUUUUAUAUAUAGUUGUGAAUGUACAUAUUCCAUACUGUUUUGUUGAAUUAAACGGAUGAUCAAACAUCA